ACGCAAUCCGCAGCUGUGAGUGACUACAAUUGGAGCUCGGCGCAGAGAAGGACCACAGUGGGGAGGCUCUCCGGCUCAGACAGCCGCACUGCGCGCACUGCAGGAAUGCUGACGUCCACAGUUUUGGAAAACACAUGCAGACACAUUUAUGCCUGAACAUUUGUGUACAAAACUCGUUGUAGAGAAAAACAUGUCGCUCAUGACCUGCCUGAUUUCCAGCACCUGAUUAUUUUGGAAUCUAUGAUCAAAGAGAAGCAAAAACACGUCUGGGUCUGAUGGAAUCAGAAUUCUGGUCUGAAAGUGUGUGGUGCCGCCGGUGUUUAGCUGAAAAGGGGAGGACAAGCACCUUCUCUGGCCUUUUCUCCUUGAUGCAACAGUUCAAACAGCAAAUAAACGCCUGAAUCCCUCUGAUGGAGGACGUUGUCCUGGAGCCCAGAGCAGAGCGGAUUGCCCGCUACAAGGCCGAGAGGAGACGAGAACUGGCCAAGCGCUUUAACAGCCUGGACAACCUUCCCUCCAAGUGGGUGAGGAGAAACGGGCAGGAAACGCCUGAACCAGUGACCCAGACUAGUGCACAGAUGAUCAACUCGGAUGGCCUCGGAGAAAGGGUGGACUGCAGGGCUCAGGAGGUUACCAAUGGGGUGGAGACUGAUGCUCCUGGAGAGUCCAACAGCUUGAGAGGGCAGGGUAACCAGGACCCUGCCACCCUGCUGAGUGGGCACAGCGCCCCUCAGCUCCACACUCGGGUGUCGGUGGGCCAGCUGAGGAGCUCCCUCCUGCAGCAGACGGACAGUGGAGCUCAGCCAGAGAGAGCCAGCAUCGUCGGUGGGCGAGCCAUGUCAUCUCUGGAUCUGGCUAUGACGCCGGGUGCCGAGAGGGGCCGACGGCGCACUCAGCGCUACCUGCCCGCCGGGACAAGCAGCAGCCGCAAAACCAACGAACGCUUCAGGACGCAGCCGAUUACGGCCAUCGAGGUGGAGGAGAGCAGCGGGCUUCUAGAUGUCGAGACAAAGGAGAAUAAAAAAGCUGACGAGAAGACCGAUGACAGAGCCAAAAUGAGCGUGGCCGCCAAGAUGUCUUUGUUUAAAGAGAUGGAGAGGUCGGCUGCACCGGAGACCUCGGUUCUCCUGAAGCCUCGCUCAACCAGCUCCAGUCAUGAACGCAGGCUGCGCCGCAGCAGCGACCAUCGCUUCCUCACUCAGCCAAUCACCUGUGAAGAAAUGGUGGCAGUAAGCACUUCUCCACCAGCUGAAGCCCAGACUGACCCCAUGGAGGAUGGAGACGAGAGCUGCAUGAUGAGCAUGAGUGAGAAACUGGCCCUCUUCAACAAGCUGGCCCUACCUAAAAAGCUGGGGGCCGGUCCCGCUGACGGGCCCCCGGAGAGACGGAGGCAGAAGGGAGCUCGGUAUCGAACGCAGCCCAUCACGGUGGAGGAGGUCAACAUGCUCCAGAAAGGUCCCGUUCAGCUUCCGGCCUUCAGUCUGUCCGCUCACAUGUCCGACAAACAGCAGGUCUCGUCUGCCAACCUGAAACCCAGCGAGGUGCGUCUCUCCCAGCCAAGACCCGGCCUGACCGAGUCCACCCCUGAACUCGUUCUGAAAGGAAUCCUGAAGAAGAGCCACUCUGCAGGCUCAGAGCGGAGCAGGAUGGAUCAGAAUGGAGGAGGUGGUGGAGAUGCAGACAUCCUGGAGAGGAUGGAAGGAAGUGAGAGACGGGACGUUUCUGUACCUGCACACAGACACAAAAGGGAAUCCUCGGGUGUAGAAUUGAGGUCUGCUGCCCCCUGGAGGCAAAGAGUCCUAACCAGGAGGCAAACUAUUGCCUGUACGCCCAUGAAAGCCUUCUCAGAGCGGGGUGCUCUUCUAGAGGGGAGCACCUGUGAGAGCCCAGUGCAGGAGGAGAACAGUUCCCCUGUGGAACACAGCUUGAACCAGACCGGAGGAGCCCAGGAAUUGGAGGAGGAGAGCAGAAGCAAGGUGGAUGAAGAAAAAACCGGAAAAGGAAGUGUUCAGGUCAUCCUGGCAGAUAACACACCGAUUGAAGCAACCCAUACAAGCCAAAGUCGGGAAGCUCCUGGUGUUGAGAGCUGGGAGCCUGUCUUUGCCUCUGUCUAUUCUGUCAUUAGUCCUCAGUAUAUCAUGUGUUUCAAUCAGACCAACCUGUCCUUUGAGGCGCAGGAAGUCAGCCCUCUUCUUCCUGCUCAGCCUCAGUGGAGACAGACGACUGAAGAAUUGGAUCUGAAGCUCCACACAGUUGAAGCUGCAGAAACAGAAACACAGCAGGAAACUGGAGACGGUCUAGGAGUUGCUGCUUCUGAGACGCCUGAUGAAACAUUUUCCAGAGAGCCUGAAACGUGCACAGGUGAAGCUUCGCAGUGCGACUCACUCGCAGAAACUCCCAGGUAUGAAGAGACGUCUGCAGGUGAACCCAGCGCCUUGGACGUUCCUUUCUGUGUCGGUCCGUCUCUCCCUCCCACCUGUGAGCCCACGCCGUGUGGUGGCAUUGCCGCCACAGAAAGUGAGCAGGACCUGGGCAUCCUCUGUCAGAGCAGCACACCCAUGCUUUCUUCAGCAGUGGCAGAGCACAGGCGGGCUGUGCGGCCGUCUCGCCGGACUCAAGGCUCUAGAAACCCACUGAGGGCUCUGGCAGCCCGACAAGACAUCAGCCAGGACUUCAUGGGGGACCGAGACAGUGCAGCGGCAGAGGAGCAGGACCAGGCAGAAAAAAAGUGUAAGAAUCACUCCUCAAAAGAUCCUGUCAUCCCUGAGGACAUCAUCAUCUCUCCCUCUGAGGCACCAAAGUCCUUUCCUCCCUUCAGCAGCCGAAUGUUGAUCCACAUUAAAGGUAGGCGGCAUGUGCAGGUGCGCCUGGUGGAGCCCUCAGUGCGAUCGCUGAACAGCGGAGACUGCUUCCUGCUGGUCACUCCACAGCAUUGCAUCCUGUGGAGCGGAGAGUUUGCCAACAAGCAGGAGAGAGCCAAGGCUUCUGAGCUGGCAUUGCUCAUUCAUAGUCGGAGAGAUCUUGGCUGUGAAGCCCCAGGAGUUGUCCACCUAGAAGAGGGGCUGAACUCUGACAGCAGUGAGGCUGAGGAUUUCUGGAGUCUUCUGGGAGGAAGAACAAACUACAGAGGAGCCGGUGUUUCUGAGGAGGAUGAGCUCUUUGAGCUUGGAGUUGUGGAGUCAAAUUGUGUCUACAGUCUGGUGGAGGACAGGCUGGUGCCCCAUGAGCAGGCCUGGGCUUCUAUCCCUCACAUCUCCCUACUGUGCUCCACUGAGGCGCUGGUGUUUGAUUUCGGCAGUGAGGUAUAUCUGUGGCAUGGUCGGGAUGCUUCACAAGCAAGGAGGGACGUUGCUCUGCAGCUGACUCGGCAAGUGUGGGUCGGGGAGUACGACUACAGCAACUGUCGCGUCAACCCGCUGGACCCUACUCGGUGCAACCCCAGUAUUCACCUGAAGGGAGCCAGCCGGCCCAGCUGGGCUCUGCUCGCCGUGGUCUCCGAGGGCGAGGAGACUGCUCUGUUUAAGGAGAAGUUUCUGGGCUGGACGUUCAGCAAAGGAGACGAUGCACAGGACGAUGUUUCCGCCAGCACUCCAGUUAUUCUCACAAAGUCCACCCACCUUGAGUCGCCAGCGUCUUUGGACGUCCUAUGUCCCUGUGAUGCCAAAGCUCUGGUGUCCGGAGAGUCACAUGAAGGUGGAGAUUCUGUCUGCACGGUGCUGGAAGGCGUGGAUGUCCAGAGAGGUUGUGGCGUCAUCACUCUGGAAGAAGGGCAUCAGAUGGAGCUGAAAACCGUCGCCGUGGACACCUGGCACGUCCAGGAGUUUGACGACAGUGAAAUCCCGGUGGAGAGCAGCGGUCAGCUCCAUGAAGGAGAUUCCUACGUGGUCCGCUGGACCUACAGCGUCAUGGCUGUGGAUAAUGACUCCGAUGAGAGCGAGAGGGCUUCUCGAUCUGAAGAGAAAACGGCCUUCUUCUUGUGGCGUGGACGGCAUUCCAAUGUGAGCGGACGGGAUACGGCAGCUUUCCUGUCUAUCGGGCUCAAGAACCAUGAAGAGUCUCAGGUGGUUGUACCUCAGGGUGAGGAGCCCCCCUGUUUCCUGCAACUUUUCCAGGGAGGUCUGGUUAUUCACAAGGGGAAGCGAGAGGAAACAUUCACAAGUGCAGAGUGGCGUCUAUUCUGUGUGCGAGGGGAGCUCCCACAGGAAGGUUCGCUCCUGGAGGUGGACUGCUGCUGUGCCAGUCUGAGGUCAAGGGGCUCUGUCGUGCUGCUGAACAGCCAACAGGGGGAGCUGUAUCUCUGGAUUGGUUGUAAGGCUCACAAUAACACCAGAGAAGUCAGCAAGAGAGCCGUGGAGCAACUCACUCAAAUGUGUCCUCCAGAGCUUGGUCUUCACAAAAGCAGCCACGUUAAUGUGCAUUUUGUGGAAGAAGGUUCAGAACCCACAGGCUUCUGGGCCGCUCUGGGACCGAUGGACAGGAAGGCCUAUGACUGCAUGCUGCAAGAUCCAGGAAAGUAUAACUUCACACCUCGUCUCUUCCAUCUGACGACCUCAUCUGGCAAAUUUCAGGCCAGGGAGCUCCUGAGCCGUUCACGGCUGCCGGGGCUCGUGAUGGCCAUGCCCUUCAUCCAGGAGAGCCUUUACACUGUAUCACAGCCAGCCUUGUUCCUGCUCGACAACCGACUAGAGGUGUACCUGUGGCAGAGAGGUCAGCCAGAGCAGACGGAGAGUUCGGCUUCGGCGUGGACCCUCUGGCAUAAUGAGAGAAAAUGUGCCAUGCAGACGGCGCUGCAGUACUGCAAAGAGAUGAACCCACGAAGGCCCCCGCAUGCUUACCUUAUUCUGGAGGGGUUAGAACCUCUCACCUUUACCAAUGUGUUCCCCCGCUGGGAGAGGUGUCCCAGACCUCAAACACAGGGUGAUGAAGGCCAAGUGAAGCUGACCUUGGUGCAGGACGCCCUGGCGCAGCUCAUGAAGACGCAGGACCCUUCGGAGGAGUUGAUGAAGAGUCCUCUACCUGAGGGAGUGGAUCCUCAGCAGCUCGAGGUCUACCUGUCAGAUCAGGACUUCCAGACAAUAUUGGAAAUGAAAAGAGAUAAAUAAGCCUCCUUCCCGAGCUGGAAGCAAACGGAUCUAAAGAAGAGCAAAGGUUCUGUUAGACUUGUAGGAACAUUGGAGUCUGACUGUUGCUCCUGCAGCCGGAACUUCCUCCUUCCACAAGCAGGGAAGGUGUCGCACGCAUGUUGGCGCCACGUUGUUGCACAAAGUAAUGCUCUCCAUGUGACAAGAGGAAAAAAAAUAGCUUCAUCUAUGUCAAACUAGUAUGAAUGUGUGAACUUUUUAUUGAAUAUGGAUUUUCUUUCCUGUAUGGUUCCAAGCAAAAAUAAAAUUAAAAAUACAAUAAAAAGUCA